UCAGGUCAACCCUUCCCGUGUGACACACUUCUUACUCUCGAGAGAAUCUAACACCUUCAGAAUUAAUCGAGAAUUCGAGACAACUGGACGAGAAGACUUUACGUCUUCGGAAGACAUGUCUUCACGAUAUUAUUCAGGACCUAGUGGAAUUGAACAAUAUGUGCAGCAGCUUCCGCUUUUGUCCUUGGCAUUUUUGCCAUUGAUCAGUGCGAUUUUUGGGCUGAAAUAUGUCAAUUUGAAGAGCGUUAUUCAUUUUCAGCAGGGAACGCUUGGCUCAUCCCCAUGGCGAGCUGCAACCACAAUGACAUUCCUCUCAACUCCAAUAUUUUUCAUCUGGUGCCUAUGUGUACCUACUCCAUCCGCGAUAUUCUUCCAAGUUGGAGCAUCGCUGGCUCUUUUGCUCACUGCAUUAACAUCUUCACCAAUUCUUCAUUAUUUACCAUCUCCGUCGAUUAGUAUGUACUAUCAGUUGCGGUUUUUGUCAAAGCCAUUACGAUCAAUAAUCACAAUAACUCAAUGCAUACACCUGUCCACGACAUCAAUAAUUCUCCUGUUUCUCAGCUCAUCGUUUCUCUCCACAAUCACUAAUCUCUCAAUUUACCUAAUUAUUCCACUUGUCGCCUAUUUCUCACUUUUUGCAGUGAUCUUUAGUGGACAUUCGAGUAUGGCAAAUGCGAGCUUUUUGCUUUACAUUGUGGUUUCAAUAUCUGGAAUCGGAAUCUUCUUGUACUAUGCUGUGCAAGAUGUUCAAUCAUUUGGAAUACUGGUUCCUGUCGAAAAUUUCAGACUUUCUGAUAUUUUAUCCAGUUUGAUGGUUGGAUUUACCGUCAAUUUUUACCUACUGAACUCGAGUUUUCAAUACCAGAUCUAUUCCCCGAUGCCAACAAUGCACAAACUCCGGCUCACACUAACUUUCUACGGAGUCUUCCAACUUUUCAUCUCAAUUUUCAUCUUUCUAUCCGCCACAAUUUUCCUCAAUUUUCUCCGCGAACACUGCAAAUUCGCCAUGUCUUUCGGCUCAUUCUUCCAGUUUUCCAAGGCGAUUUUGGGGAAUCGAAUUCAGGUGUUCACUGUCUGCGCCUCCAUGCUUUGCAUACUCUCGUUCUGUCUGCAAUGGACAAUUAUGUCAUUGAUGACUUUAACUUGGGAAGAGUAUUGGGCGAAGAGGUUGAGAGCUUGGAAUCCCAUUCAGCAAUUGUGCUCUUUGCAAUUCGGAAUGCUCAUUUUGACGACUGCUGUGGUGGUUUUGACGGUGGCUGCUAAUUUGGCACGGUUGCCGAUCGGUAUACAGUUGCCGACUAUUGUAUAUGUACUUUUCUCAUUGUUGGCAAUCAUCGCAGGUGUUACGAUUUGUGGCUACUAUCUACCAUUUUGUUCUGCAACGGGUGCUAUUUCAAGUUUCCUGCUGACAAUCAUUCUGACCGCUGGGAAUUUAUCGAUUUACCUAUUCAAUAAUGCUCCUCAAAAGUUCCAAAAUUCGUGUAUUUUGGAAGAUGCUGUUGGGAAUUCUACAAUUGUUCAUAGGUCACUGAGCAUGGAAAGAGUGCUGUACUUUGUAUCACAUCUCCCACCGCAGUCCCAGCCAAUUAUUAGUUUAAUGCUUUUCAUCGUCAUUUGCACAAUAAUCUCAUUUCUAUCGGGCGGUCAAGAUCCGAUGGGUCUCGACUGGAAUUUGAUCGCCUUCACCUGGGCGACGUCUGUCAGGAGUCCAUCGAGCUUCUCGAAACGUCAAUUUGCAGUCGCAUCGGACACCGAUUCGUUUAGAUAUGCUCAGCAGCAAAACAGUAAUCCAACGCCGAGCCCCAAUGUGAACGCCUUCCGAUAAUAAUUUCUGCCUGCCUGGGUGCCUACCAGGCGCCUAGGCAGGUUCUCCUCCAUUCCCACGUGGUGUCAGAUUGUCUCAUUUCGGCUUGAUCUACGUAGAUCUACAAAAAAUGCGGGACAAAAGACGCAGAGUUCUCAACUGAUUUCGUAUCGUUAAGAACGUGCUAACGUCACAUAUUUUUGGGCAAAAAAGUCCCGCGUUUUUUUAAGAUCAAACCGUGAUGGGACAGCCUGGUGCAUUCCCUUUAAUUUUGCGACGGGUAUUGGUUUCAAAAAUCAGUUUUAUUGUCUUUCAAACAUUUCAAACAAAAAAUAUUGUCACAAAAUUGCUCAUAAAAGUUUAUAUAAUU